CCGAUGUCCAUGACGCAGGCGAACAACGUUCCUUGGAACUGUUUUGUUCUUUCCGUCAACCGCUGAACAGCAACACCUGAAAUACCCCUGUAAAAGUCCGGACAGAACAUUUUGCGAGAGCCAGCCGGUGCCACUUUGAUACAGACAGAAAUAAAUCAUAUCUUACUAUGGCUUCUUGCCCCCCUCCCAAACCCAGCCCCUGCCGACGCUGCUACAGGGUGAAAGUAAGCUCUUCGCCCCUGAGCGCUCAACAGUUUUUAAAGAGAGGAGACUCCUCGCGUAAAAGAAAGUCGCCUGUUGAGUGGACGCCGUCCAAGAGAGCGCGUUGGAAUAAUCUGCCUGACACCAUCCUUGUCGAAGUCCUCAAAUGGAUACCACAGAACGAACUUGGUGUGUGUGCCCAGAUCUCCCGACAGUGGUACAGAGUUGUGUACUCCACGGGUGUGUGGGAGGACAGGGAGAUUCUGUUCGACUUCUCCGCCUUCUGCUCCAUCGAGUACAACGGGAAGUGCGAGCAGUACGAGUGGUUUGUGGAGAAGAUGGGGCGGUACGUCAGGAACGCCAAGCUGGUGCUGAACCUGGUGUGUUCCCGCCUGCGCGACCCGAGGUUCCGCGGCGCGGCCUGCAGGCGGCAGCAGUACGAGGUUAUGGAACGCCUGUUUGAGGGAGGCCGCCUGAGAAGUCUGCAGAUCGACUUCGUCCCGCAGUUCAACCCGCCACACGUGUACAUGGGAUACUGCGCCCACCAAGACUGCACGGACCCUGUACAAAAUUUCCUGAAGAAGAUUUCCUCAGACUUACCAGGCCUCCGUCGGCUGUCUGUUCAGUGUUUGCCCGACUGGCACUGGGAGCUCCUGCUCCGGACCAUCCCCAAAAUGACCAACCUGGAGAAACUAGAGAUGAACCACAAGAAGCACCAGCCCUUCCGUAUCGUCCUGUACAUGGGAGAUGUUCAUGGCAUGAUUCCAGCCGCACUCAGCAACAUGAGCACGCUCCGGGUCCUGAAGCUCGCUAACGUCGACGUACAGGACACUCUGUGGCACGCCCUCGCAAACCACUCCGGAAUACCGCUGCAGCAGCUUACCAUGGUGGCCUACACAGACUUCAACCCUUUCAGUCUCCCGACGUGGGAGAGGGUCGCGCAGAAGUUCCCCAGUCUGUCUGUGGAGCUGUUCUUCCGGCACGGUCAACAGAGACUCGUGCUGAGAAAGUCCGAGUUCGAGUCUUUCCUUCGAGACGACGUUCGGCUGAAGACGCUCUGCGUCAGUCAAGCGAAGCUGUGCAGGGAGAUAGCCAUGAUCGACGUCCUCCAGAUCGUCGCAGAAAAGUACACGGAUAGUUUAGAAACGUUCCUUUUCUUCCAGUCCCGGGGGCAACCUAUGGUCGCGUCCAAAGAAGUCGAGCUCAUACGAAGGUUUCCGAAACUUGCCGAGGUUGCCAUAGCUCCAGUCAUCACCGACAAACGUCUGAAACAGCUCGCCAAGGGGUGUAGAGGACAACUUCGGGAACUUUUGGUGCGAUCAGUGCUGAAAUACAUGCCGGACGCCAACAAACUGGUGAAAAUGGAAGCCAAAGAAGUGUCUAACCUGGAGACGGUGGUGACCAGGCUGCUGGGCUAUCCCUGGGAGAUGUCGGCGCCGUCCUGGGCGGAGCGGGAGUUAAACGCAGAGAGUGACAUCGAGUUUGCGGAAGCGUGUAUGGAACAGUACAUGUGAGAAAUACCACCUGUUAAUGCACGUGUCUCAUGUCACUGCAGAAAACCGACAAACAAAUGAAAUAAAAACGUUAUGAA